AUGAGCAGCAGUACCGGGGGAAUCCGUGACAGUACCCGUGCUGCACCAGCAGCGGGACGGCACCGACCUCGAGGACGACCACAGGGACGCGGUGCGGUCUCUCCUGAGUUCCUGGCCCCCCUGAGUGAGGUGACGUGUGACAAAGGGGAGAGUGUGACUCUGAGGUGUAAGGUGUGUGGCCGACCCAAGGCUACUGUCACCUGGAUGGGACCUGACCAGACCAUCCUGAACAACAACGGACACCACAUCAUCGCCUACAGUUUCCUGGCUGUGUGUGUGUUUGUCUACUCUCUCCACAGAGGCCGGUUCUCUGUGGUCAAGCGUUGCGAACACAAGUUGACCAAAUGCACGGUGGCGGUCAAGCUGGUUAAUAAGAAGCUGAUGAAAAGAGACCAGGUGACCCAGGAGCUCAGCCUGCUACAGCGACUACAACACACACACCUGGUCACACUGCUGGACACGUAUGAGACCCCCAGCAGCUACGCAUUGGUCAUGGAGAUGGUUGAUCAGGGUCGUCUCCUGGACUACAUUGUGAGCUGGGGGAAUCUGACUGAGGAGAAAGUGGCCAGCUACCUACGGAACAUCCUAGAAGCUUUACAUUACCUGCACAACUGUAGGAUAGCCCAUCUGGACUUACAUUUACAUUUACGUCAUUUAGCAGACGCUCUUAUUCAGAGCGACUUACAAAUUGGUGCAUUCACUUUAUGAUAUCCAGUGGAACAACCAC